UAUCACAUCAUAACACCCAUCCCCGUUCUUUUGUUAACUUGACAGGAUGCUGCUCAAUCUCAAUACCUCGCAGAAAGCCCUGUUGUGGCUCUUCAUCCAAGCGGCCUUUCUACCGCACACGAUUGCUCGACAAUGCUACUGGCCAAACGGCGCAAGUACACUGGAUGAGCAACAGCCCUGUUUUCCCGAUAAGGCAAAUAGUCCCUGCUGCGCGACCAAUAAACAAAACGGUGACCCAAACGAUGUUUGCACUACAACGGGGCUUUGCGUUGCGCAGGUCGAGCCGUAUACCGGCCUCGUUCUACAAAAUGGCUGCACGGAUUCGAGCUGGAAAAGUUCCGACUGCCUCAGCAUUUGUCCGGGGUCAAUGAAACCAGACUACGGCAUCCACAUCCUCCCCUGUCCGGAUAAGAGUCUCAAGCACUGGUGUUGCAGCCUGAGUGGCUCUGAUUGUUGCGACAGUGCAUUUGAAUUAGAUAUGGGUACAUUGAUACUUUCCUCGAACUCAACGAAUUCAAGCAGCUCAGCUUCUGCAUCCGCGACCGUAACAGCAACAAGUACGGCGACAGUCACAGCCGGUACCGGUAACGAACCACUCACUUGUAAUGGCGACUGUCAUGCAACGUCCACUACAGUGGCUGUUGGUGCUGGCGUGGGAGCUGGGUUAGGCGCAUGUCUUGUGGCGACUUUGUGCCUGCUUGUUUUCCAAAGACGCGCAUAUCAGAAGAAAGUACAAGAGAUGAAGAUGCUACAAUCGAGCGCUUACCCAUACGUUCAACAGUAUGGGCCUUUCGUGCCUAAGAAUCCCGUGGAGCUGCCUCUGAAUCAACGGCCUACGGUAUUCGAGAUUGAUAGUGAGCGUCCGAUGCGGCCGGAAUGAGUUUAGAGUUUACUUUACUUUUACUUUUUU